GUGUAGCUCGAGAGAGUCUCUCGGGAGGCUGGAUUAGCCACAAGUUGUGGUGAACCAGGGUAAAAUUCGGUGUGCCUCUUACUCUUCUCUUUACUUCUCUUUUAAAUUUUUAAUUCCUACGAUUUCUCCGAUCAAACGCUAUUCACCCCCCCUCUAGCGUUGGUCUUUUAUUCUAACAAUUAGUAUCGGAGCCUAACUCGCGUCCAAACUUAACCGUUUGAGAGUAAAGCGAUCAUGGGUUCUUCUUCUAGAAAUCUUUAUGCAGGAAUUGGAGAAGAUCAAUCAACCUCGAGGCCACCGCUCUUUGAUGGCACUAACUACACAUAUUGGAAAAAGCGGAUGAGAAUUUAUAUCCGCUCAACCAACUUUCAGUUGUGGUUGGUCAUCAAGAAUGGCGAGGAAACUCCAAUGAAGAAGGUCAUUGAAAAACUCGUCCCAAAGACCGAGGACGAAUUUGAUGCCGAGGACAUCAAAAAGGUGGAGAACUACGCCAAGGCUAUCAAUAUGCUGUACUGUGCCGUCAAUCCUGAUGAUUAUCGUAAGAUUUCUUGCUGCACCACUGCCAAAGAAAUGUGGGACAAGCUAGAGGUCACAUAUGAAGGUACAGACCAAGUUCGGGAAGCCAAAAUUGACUUCCUAACGCAGGAGUACGAAAUGUUCAGGAUGAAGGAAGGAGAAAAGAUCGAUGACAUGUUCGAUCGGUUUUCAAAAAUCAUCAACGACCUUCACGCUCUCAAGAAGACGUACACCAACAGGGAUCUCGUGAGGAAAAUCCUGCGAAGCCUCACACCCGAAUGGAGAUCAAACGCAGACGCAAUCUAUGAAUCAAUCGGAGUCUCAAAUGUCACCAUUGACGGGCUAAGAGGUAAUCUCAAAACUUAUGAAUCCACUAUCCUAACCCCGUCUUUGGAUGAACAAAAGAAGAAGGGUAUAGCGCUGAAAGCAACCAAGGAGUCCGCGGAAGAUGACUCAAGCGACGAUGACCACGAGUUCGGACUCGUCAUCAAGAAGUUCCACAAAUUCAUGAAGAAAGAAUUUGAAAGAAAAGGAAGAAAGCACGACGGGCCCCCGAAGUGCUAUGGUUGUGAUAACCCUCGCUUGGCGAGAAAGGAGAUUUGUGAUGAUCUUGCAGAAUCAUUAGAAAGAAUACAUGUUGAUGACGAUGAAGACAACACCGGAAUAUACAUCAACACACAGUCGCAAACUGAGGAGAUACCUCAAACGACUAACCAAGGUGAGGAAGAAAAUCAGGAGGAAGAAGAAGGACAAGAGGAACACGAAAAAGAAACAACCGAGCUUCCCAUAGCUUGGAGAACGCACAGGAACCAUCCACUUGACCAGUAUUUCUUCAAAAACGCCUUAAUCAUGGCCGGAGGAAGAUCAAAGUCUAGGGCUUCCAAGAAGAAAAACACCGCCGAGCCCUCAAGUUCCGCGCCUCCUCCGUUCCCAUAUUUGGACGGAUCAUUUCUUGAGUUCGGGUCAGAGGAAGAACUAACACGCUUCCUCACUCACUUUGCCAAGCGCCCAAUCUCUCCACCUCGCGUGCUCCCAGAGUUGUUUCCCCAAGACAAAGGGUACCACGACCUCGACAACCAACUCCAAGCGUCGGGUUUGUGGCCAUUCGUAUCCAAGAGCCGCUCGAGCUUCAAUCCCGCCUUUGUCCGGGCUUUCUAUUCCAAUCUCCGCCGUGACGGGGACACCAUUCGCAGCAGCAUCAAUCUCUACGACAUAGAGAUUGAUUUGCCUACCUUCGCUCGGGUCGCAGGGCUGCCCAUCCGCGGUGCCGACAUCGCAACCUAUGGUGGCGAUGAUUGGAUCCUCAACAACGAGGCGGUUGUCAUCCGAGAGCUUGGGAUCACCAACCUCAUCCGUCAUAGCGGCGCACCGACGAUUCACUCGGCCCCACCGGACAAGCGCCUCCUCCUCUACAUCAUCACCCGGAUUCUCCGCCCCCGGGACAGCAGCCAUACCUCGCUCUUCAACGAGGACUUGAAGGCGAUUCAUGCCAUCAUCCACGGCGCCUCCAUUAAUUGGGCGAAAUUCGUGAUGAUCCACAUGGCGGAUUGCGCCUCCAUCGCCACUGAGCGGAGCUUGCCAUACGCCUUCCUCUUCAUGGACCUCAUCAUCUCCGCCGACAUCUCCAUCGCCGGCCCGGAUACGAAGAUGACAAAGAUUUGGAUCAUCCAAGACAGCACCUUCCGGAUGAAGUCCGGUGACGGAACCGGCGCUGGACCGAGUCGUGCCCGUGCCCCUGCCCCUGCCUCCGCUCCCGCCAAGGUGUCCUUACAGUCCAUAGCCGAUACUCUGAAUCGGCUAACCCUCACAGUGGAUGGCAUGGGGCAGUCAAUCGAGCGGAUGGACUGGACGCUGCAACGCCAACACCAUGACAUGACGGCGUUCUUCCGCGGCAUCAACUACGUCCCGCCGCUCUUUGACAGCACCUUCCUCGGCCAAAACUAUGAAGGCGAGGACGAGGAGGAUAACUCCUAUGCUCCAUCCUCCUCCCCCGACGAGGCCGAUUUUGAGGACGCGGUCGACGGGGAUCCCAUGGACGUUGAGGACGACGAAGAAGACGAUGACGCCGAGGACGAGGACGCCGCUGCCUAAACUCUUCUUUCUUUUCCUUCCUUCCUAUGAUU